CUUCCUUUCAAGCAUAUCAUGUAUGGCAUAGGUUGUUAUCAUACAAUCACGAAUCCAAGGUACUACUGAUAAGAAAAUAGUCGCUGAGAACGUUGCCGGCGCCCCCCACGAUGCCUAUACGGGCGGAAGAUUCUACCAUUGCCCAUAUCUCGACUCCACCGCCGACACCCCAUGCACUGGCUUUGUCGAUCAUCGUCCUCAACCUGUAUCCGACUCCAUGCGAGAAGCGGAGACUAUCUCAAGAUGAUUGCGAUAGAUGGGUUGGAAAGCACAGUGAAUAUAUACAGCGGGCGUUGGAAAUGUUGGCCAGGGAGAUCUUUCAUCUGUCAGAACCUUCGACAUAUCUUGAACUCCAAGAGCAGGUCCUGGAGCUGGCCAACUGGGCUCCCAACAAGGAGGACGAACAUGUGCAGAAGCCGGCCCAGGAACUCGAUCGUAUGCCGGAAAUAUUUGACAAUAUCCAGAACAGCUUCGAGGUCAUAGAUAAGAUUCUUGUCACUUGCUAUGAAACGCUUGAAGAUGGCCCUGGAACUGGCGAAACUAGGAUCACCUACCAUUCUCCUCUAGGUGUUUUCCUCCGCAAAGUGCAUCUGGCCUACAGGGUCCUCAACUUCCCGCAAUCCCUCAUCGUUCGACAAGAUGUUCUGAGUUGGUGUGCAGGCGAUCCAGAACCCAGCUCUGGACGUGUCUCGGCCAAGAAGCCAGCCGAGAAGGCCGACGAGUCAAGCGAACCGCGUUCGACGGACGGCACUCGGGAUCUGGCGUCCCAUACACAUGACCAUCCGGAAGACAUUUAUGAAGAUCUGGAGGAUGAGAAACGCUGGGAUGGACAUGGCGGAAUAGGAUUCGGCUAUAGCAUGAAGAAAGGCAAACGACGCGUCGUAGCGAACAAGGUGACGGAGAUGGAUGAUCUAUUAGACGCUAGGUUGAGUGUGUUACAGGAGUAUCAAAACGCUUGCAAGAGAGGGAACUAUUCGUUGGCGUUGUCGUCAUUGGAGAAAUUUUACAGCCACCGAUUUCCUCCAAAUGACAAAAUGAGACAUCAUCAUGCCUUACUGCAGCUUGCCUCGUUCCAUUACGCGACCGGAGGCCUGGAACUAGCCAAGGAUACGAUAGAUGAAGCUACAAGAGGCGCACGAACCGCAGGAGAUGCUCAGUGCCUUAAACACUGUCUUAGUCUCGCCAAACGAUUGAGGGCCGAAUCAGAACCGGCAAUGACCACGGUCAUGGCGCCUGGACAACCUGCGCAUACCUCGGACGUGGGGGAAAACGCCCGGGACGAAACGCCGCUGGAUGAGCUGUGGGCCGUAAAGCAACGACUUGAUCUUGGUGAAGCUCUUCCUUCAGCAUACGCUCGGACCUUUCGUGCGGUUGCGAGGCAGCAAGCGAUCGUCCGGGCGAAAAUGGGUGUCAAGCCAGCCGUCAACUCAGGUCUUGUGGAGCCUGAAUCGGAGCAGGAGAUCCAAGACAGACAGAUCCCAGAAGGUAGCUUGAUGGACAAUAGUUUGCUGCACGUCGUACAAAGCGGCUUAUGGGAAACAAUGGGGUCGUCAUCGCUAGCCGAACUGCAUGAAGAUCUGGCCUUGCGAUCUCCCACAAAUCGAACGGACGUCUACCUUGCAGUAUCGAUGGCUCGAUCUCGAAGGUACACACGGGCAUCUCGCUCGCAUCAAGCCCUGGCCGUGUUACUUGAUCCGUGUCUGACCGCUGACAUGGGCAUGAACGAUUACCACAAGUGGUCUGAGGCCAUCUGGGACGUAUUUGAGCAGGACGCACUUCGGAGGCACGACGACGAUAUAUUGGACUUUGUCAAAACCUGCCGUCUGCCCAAGAACAGCUAUCGUCAAGUCGGAGUAGGAGGCCCUCUUAGGAUGACACAUGAUCCAGGACAUAGAAUUUCCCACGAUUUUUUCGGACGCGAUGACCUCAACUCGCCCCGCCGGGGAGUUGACGUUCUGACCGCACUGCUCGCGAGGGCGGAAGCUGCAGAAGUACAAGGUCCUGCACCUCUGGUCGCAAUGCCUCAUUUGCUUCAAGCGAGUCACUUGUCGCUUUCGCUCAAGCAUUGGGUCCUGUACCGCAGCGCUACCGUUCGCUUGGCAGACGUAAUCAGCCGUCUCGAAGGCAACACCAACCCGUUUCAUGAAGCGGACGGGAAGGUACAAAGCCUGUUAGCAUUCGCGGUCCGACAGCUCGAAGCGGUAUGGCCAGAGAUCAUUGUGUCUGAUGAUGUCGAGGAGCUAUGGACCAGUAGCAACAUCAUGCUGCGCUUCGAGCGUGAACAAGGUCGACUCGAGAAUUCUGAGCGGUAUUUCAGGUUGGCGUUGCGAGCAGCGUAUCGGCUUCGGUCCCGAAGUCGUGUGUUAGACACUUUGAUGGUCAUGGCGCUGUUCGAGGACGACUUCGGUCACGAUGUGCAGAGAGAUAGAUAUGCGGAGCUCUGGGAUCAUCUCGACACAGGCGAACGCAUGGAAACACUCGAGAGCCAUUUCGACUGGAUCGAUCAGCCGUCCUCAAUCAAUCUCGGGAUGGCUUCGGAAAUCGCGCAAUCCGGAUCGAACAUCGCUUGGACAGUAGAGUCGGUACAAGAGAUUCGCGAUAUCGUCCUCGCGGUCGGCGUUCAGAUUUCGAGCGCUGGUUGACUUGAGAUAACGCUGGCGGCAUGACGAUAAUGGUUGAGCGCUCGGUAAUAUUAUAUACAUGCCACUUCCAGGCCGUUGUGACGGCGGUAAAAUAAAAGCGACAUCAGAGAUGAUGGGGCAUAGUGCUCGCUGUCUGACAGACUUUGUACGAGGCAAAUGGCAUAUAACGUUUAACAAUGGAAGGGCUUGGUAGAUGACGGCAAUUUGAUUUUAAAGAUCCUAGGGUACGUCCAGUCGGGUGGACGUGAGCCUCGUUCGGCAUAAGCAAU